GUCAUCGCGAGCACACGCCAGGAGACCGUAUCGCGACAAUAAUAAUAAUAAUAAUAAUAAUAAUAACAAUAAUAUCGCUACCGUCGCGAGUCGUCUCGAUCAUCGCCCGUGGUGGCGCCGCCCGCCGGACGAAGAAUUUUCCAGAAAGCUCCAGACGAUAUUUAAACACCAACGUACACACACACACAUAUAUAUAUAUAAAUAUAUAGCGAAUUACGUCAACAGCGAAGCAGCGCCAUGUCGCGCGGCUACUACAACGGUGGUUACAACCACGCGUGCGAAGUGGACCAACACCGGUACGAGGAGAUACCGGACAUCGACCCGUCAAUGGACUUCCUGCAAGCCGACGACACGUCCACUACGUUCUACUACAUGGAGUCGCCAACGCGGCUGCGCAGGCCUUCGGACACCGCAGACCCGGCCGAACGGACGUUGCUGUUGCGCGCGCAGCAGCACAACCACUACCAACAGCUGCAACAACUGCAGAUGAACGGAUGUCCGCCGCCGCUACCGGCCACCCGGGCUAGGCGCAACACGCCGCCGUCCGCGGCCGGCGGCGACCGGUCCGUGGCGGCCGUGACGCCGUGCAAGGCCAGGCGCCGGUUGGACGUGUACGGCGACGAGUCGGGCGGCACCGUCAGCCUGCCGUCCACACCGUCCGGCGGCCGGACCGCCGACGUGUUCGCGCCGAUGAUGGCGCAGACGGCGUCCAGACCGGUCACCGUGCGCCGGGCCCGGUCGUCGGCCGCCCUCUACAACAAGCACAAGCGGCCGCCAGAGUUCCUGUCCGAAUACAAUCUGGACACGUGCGUGCCGGUCACCGGCGUCCAGUACGACCGGCCCAGGAACACGGCCGUCAUACAACCCAUCUACAAGGCGCCACUGCCGUCCGUGUUUCAGGUGGAAGAGAAAACGACGCCGCAUAAUAUGACCGAGUCGCCCGCCAAGCCGUCGUGGUCGCGGACUCCCCCAGCCCGGACGUCCGUCCAGUCGCUGCCCGUGUGCACCCUGUGGUCGGCCGCCAUGGUACUGGUGGUGUCCGGCACGGCCAGCUGCAUGCUGUGCUUCUACCUGAUGUCCCGGCGUGGCCGGCUGUACUACUUGAACGCCGGGCUGCUGGCGGCCGCAGUGUGCCUAGUGCUGGGUUUUCCCGGGUUCCGGUCGCAGCAGUGGCGGUGGCUGCCCAACCGUAACUACGUGACCGGUUACAUACUGGUGGCCAUGUUCAGCGCCCUGGAGACGUGCGCGCUGUGGCUUAUGUGUCAGAGCACCGUGCUGGACCCGGCGCUCAACGACAUCGGCGCCGGCGUCGUGUGCGGCAUAUCCGCGCUGUCCGUCACGCUCGCCUGUCUAGGGGUCAGCACGUCGUACUGUUGCCGGUACCCGCCACCCGACAACAGGGUCGCGCACGCCGUCGAGGGGUUCGUAGUGUAGACCACCACCCGCCUUACCCACCUGCUCAAGAUUAAUUAUAAAUAUCUAUUACGUCGUAGCCCCGACUAAUGGUACCCAUAUCCGCUGCGUUUCGAGCUCUCGUGCGUUGCGCGAAUGUAUAGUUUUUAAUAUAUUAUGCAUAAUUUCAUAAAAUUUGUAUCAAAAUGAAUACCCAAUGAAUACAAUUU